AUGUCGUUCAGCUCGUCAUCUUCUCCACUCGACUUUGGCCUCGCAGGUGUCCACGUUCUCGUUUCCGGUGCUUCGGGGGGCAUCGGCUUCGAGACGGCCAAGACCUUUCUUGCUGCAGGUGCAAAAGUAACCGCACAUUACAACACCACGCCUCGCGAUCUCGCUACGACGCCCGACCUCGUUGCUCUUCAAGCAGAUGUGACGAUCGAAUCCGCUAUCGAGCGCCUGUUUGCUGAAGCUGAAUCCAGGCAAGGCGUUCCCGUUCAGGUGCUCGUCGUCAACCACGGCAUCUGGCCUGUCCAGCCCGUUGCGCUGUCCGACAUGACCCUCUCACAAUGGCGCAACACCCACGCUGUCAACCUCGAUGGCGCCUUCCUCCUCGUCCGCUCCUUCCUGUCCAACUUGAAGGACAGACCUGCCGCCAUCACCGACCCAGUCUCCAUCUGCUUCAUCGGUAGCACUGCCGGCAAGUUCGGAGAACAUGAUCACGGAGAUUACGCUUCAACAAAAUCCGCUCUGAUGUAUGGACUGGUCCCGACGCUCAAAAACGAGAUUGUGCGCGUCGCCCCGCGUGGGAGAGUCAACUCGGUCAACCCAGGCUGGGUUUAUACUGCAAUGGCCGAGGAGACGAUUAAGGACGACAAAGUGAGAGCUAGGGCGCUGGCAAGCACUCCGCUCCAGAAAGUCGCCAUGCCAGCCGACAUCGCACGCCAGGUUCUUGUCCUCUCCAGCCCAACUCUCAGCGGCCACGUCACCGGCGUCAAUCUGCAGGUCGACGGCGGUAUGGAGGGGCGUUGCCUCUAUCCCCCUCCUGCCUGA